CCAAAUUUACAGGUUACGUAAUUAAGUCAUCAAAUCAAUACAGUUCAACGGAUUCCAUUUCACACCUUCUCGCACAUGGAUCAGUUUUGCCAGCAUCGCCUGUAUCGCAUCAUCACACCCCGUAGUCGGUAGGGCACAUGAACACAUGCCACGAAUAAUCAGGGCAGCAACGUGUACAUAAAACACCGAGAACCAUUUUAUAAAAGUCUGCUCUACCACGUCGUUUUAUGCUCCUGUUUACCGCUUCUGUUAUAUCAUGCGCUAAUAAUCGCAAAAAGGAUAAUAAUCCUUGCGGCUUGGAAAAACGCUUCCAUCCAUCGUUCCUUGCCGUGGCAUGAAAGAGCAAAAGCGUUGAAAUCGAUUUCUCUGCUCUGGGAGAGAAACAACAUGGAGAACGUGAAAGAGACCAAACGCAUCCACGGCCUUCUAUGGUUUUCUCAUCUUUUCUCGCAAUGCAUGCAACAGAGUUGGCCAAGCACAUGACAUUCAAGUGUCGUCUCAUUCAACUGCCAGUCUCGCUUCUACACAUUCGUUCCUCUUCGUUGCUAAGGUACAAACAUGGAUAGGUAAUACCGCCUUUGUUUGCAUUGGGAUACGCCCAUCCAGCACUGCAGAAGGGCCAGUAUUUAACAUGAGGUCAUCUUACACUGCUCAACCAGUUUGGGACUAGUUUUCGUGAGCGAUAGUUGUACUGCACGUGGUUUCGGUGAACGAUAAAUCUCAACGGUCAUUCAGUGUGCUUCCGUUGCGAAGAAAGGUGCUAGUGAUCAAAUGAUUAACGAACAAAUUAGCCUGAUUUGGUGUGAUUGAAACGAAAAAAAGUGCCGCAACACAUAUUACCACCAAAUAAGUUUAGUGAUUGAAUAGUUAACAAACUCCAAUGAAAAUGCAAGGAUUUCGGAAUUACACAAUGGAUGCACUACAGCACCGCGAACAACCAAUUUCUGUGGAUUUACUCAGCCCGCAUCAGUAUAAUUCAAAAUCAUCGCCGCCGCUAUCACCGCUAAGUGACUGCACCAGUCCACAAUCGGAACACGGCCAGCAACAGGCACCAAUGGAUCCAUCUGUCCGUCGCUACAGAACGGCCUUUACUCGUGACCAAUUGGCACGGUUGGAAAAGGAAUUCUACAAAGAAAAUUACGUGUCUCGGCCUCGCCGAUGCGAACUUGCCGCCCAGCUUAACCUCCCGGAGUCAACAAUUAAGGUAUGGUUCCAAAACCGGAGAAUGAAGGACAAACGCCAGCGGAUCGCCGUAGCUUGGCCAUAUGCUGCAGUUUACUCUGACCCUGCUUUCGCAGCGUCGAUACUUCAAGCCGCUGCUAAUUCGGUCGGAAUGCCUUACGGUUAUCCACCGGCACCAAUGUUGCCCCAAAUGCCUGUGAUGCCUCCGCAGAUUCCAGCUGCUUCCAAUCAUUUCUCCUACGGAUAUCGGUAUGCCCCGUACCCUAUCCCACAAAGAACAGCACCAAUGCAAGCUGCUCCUUAUCCUAAUGCUGCUGCCGCCAUGCUGAGUUCGAUGCCACAAGGAUACACUCCUUUGUCUAUUCCAAAGCCCCAUACACCACCACAUGACCUGCAGAGCCCAUCCUCGCCACAUUCGGCUGUAUCACUCAGUCCUGGAUCGGACAAAUCGAAAUUGGACCUCUCAUCAUCCACCUCCAACAGCACAAACAGCCCUCUGAAAUCACUAAAUGCUUCCGCACAAGGUUUGCUCAUGACAGCACCAACGAUACCAAGCCAAACUCUCUUGACGCCCUCCCCGGAAAAACCAAAGCUUUUCAAACCUUACAAAUCGGAAGCGUAAUCAAAGCUGUUAACUUUUACAACUCUUUGUUCCCUCGUCGCUUCUUCCAAAUAGCUCAUGAUUAUUUGACUUGCGCAGUACCUUGUUAGAUUUUCCUGUGUAAGUGGUGGGUUGGAAGCCAUUUGUAUUUAUUAUACUAGAAUAUCAUCCUCCCUAGGCUGGCUCCUUUCUACUUAUUGCAGGUUUUAAGACGUUUAUCGAUCGAUGUAUAGACAGAACUGAUAACGGUAAUAGUAACGGCGAAUGUAUUUGUAUCAAAUACAUGAUAGUGAUCAUAAAUAUUUAGGUAAAUUAUCGAAUCAAAAUGGAUUUUAGUCAAAUUAGUCUUCGCGAAGUUCUAAUCAAAAUUUGUAAAUAUCGAAUAUUUUAUUGUAAAUACAAUGCGUAAAAUAAGAAAUUUCCUAACGAAAAUAAAAUAUCGAAAUUGAAAG